ACACGGUUGGUUCGUUUGACACUCUGAACUCGUCAGGACCAUGAAACGAAGCAGAGGCUAAAGAAGAUAAAGAUAAUGGAUGCUCGCUCACUCUCAAACACCACCACCACCACUUCCUCCGCCUGUUUCUCCGCCGUCCUCCCACAUCGCCGCCGCCACCAUUCUCAUCCUUCUUCCGCCGUCAUUAUUUUCUCACUGAAGCCGCCGCUGCCGCCGCCCCAUCAUUCGCCUUCUCCUCGUUCCGAUUCCGACGAUUCCUCCAGCUCAACCCCCUCGCUCUCCGGCCGCAUCCGUCGCCCCCAAACCCUAAAAACCACUUCCUCCCCUAAACGCACCACCUCCAAAGUCCCCUCUAACCCUCUCAAGAAUCUGGUCGGCUCCGCCUAUGUUCCCGUUCUUCCUCCGCCGCCACCGCCACCGCCACCGCCGCCGCCCCAUGUUUCCUACUCGCUCUCCAACAAGCUCUGGCUCUCCAGCAAGCUCUCUCCACCGCCUCCCCCGACUUCCGAGGCAUCGGACGAAGAUGAAAAUGAAGUUGAAGAGAUUGUAACCGAGAAUUCGUCGAGUAAGGGGCGGGGAGAAAUUGAACUCCGUCAAGAGGGUAAGAUUUUUGUCGGGAACUUACCGAGUUGGAUCAAGAAGCACGAGCUCCAAGAGUUCUUCCGACAGUUCGGUCCUGUGAAGAAUGUAAUAUUGAUUAAGGGUCACGAUGCCACGGAAAGAAAUGCGGGGUACGGAUUCGUGAUAUACGACGGGUUAACUGCAGCCAAAUCGGCCAUGAAAGCCGUUGAGUUUGACGGGGUGGAGUUUCACGGAAGGGUUCUGACUGUGAAAUUGGACGAUGGGAGGAGGUUGAAGGAGAAGACGGAGGAGAGGGCGAGAUGGAUGGAGGGAGACGACAGCGUCGAGUAUCGUUCCCAAUGGCAUGAAGAGAGAGAUAAAGCACGGAAUGGCUUUCGCAAGGUUAUUGAGACAGAGCCAGAGAACUGGCAGGCGGUUGUCUGGGCGUUCGAGAGGAUCAAGAAGCCUUCUAGGAAAGAGUAUGGUUUGAUGGUGAACUACUACGCAAGAAGAGGUGAUAUGCACCGUGCACGUGAGACCUUUGAAAAGAUGCGAGCUAGGGGAAUAGAACCCACGUCUCAUGUCUACACAAACCUUAUUCAUGCUUAUGCAGUUGGUAGAGACAUGGAAGAAGCAUUAUCUUGUGUUAGGAAAAUGAAAGAAGAAGGAAUAGAAAUGAGUUUGGUAACUUACAGCAUUCUUGUGGGCGGAUUUGCUAAAAUGAGAAAUGCAGAAUCUGCAGAUCACUGGUUUCAGGAGGCCAAAGAGAAACACUCCUCAUUGAAUGCAAUCAUUUAUGGGAAUAUUAUAUAUGCCUACUGUCAAACAUGCAAUAUGGAAAGAGCUGAAGCUUUGGUGAGGCAAAUGGAAGAAGAAGGCAUAGAUGCUCCAAUUGACAUAUAUCACACCAUGAUGGAUGGUUAUACAAUGAUUGGUGAUGAGGACAAAUGUCUGCUUGUGUUCGAGAGAUUUAAGGAAUGUGGUCUGAACCCUUCAGUCAUUACUUAUGGAUGUCUCAUUAAUCUUUAUACAAAGCUCGGAAAAGUUGCUAAAGCUUUGGAAGUUAGCAAAGAAAUGGAGCAUGCUGGCAUAAAACACAAUAUGAAGACCUACUCCAUGUUGAUCAAUGGGUUCUUGAAGUUGAAAGAUUGGGCAAAUGCUUUCGCCAUUUUUGAGGAUUUGAUAAGAGAUGGUAUCAAGCCUGACGUAGUACUCUAUAAUAAUAUUAUCACGGCAUUCUGUGGGAUGGGGAAGAUGGAUCGUGCCAUUUGUACUGUCAAGGAAAUGCAGAAGCAGAGGCACCGACCUACAACUCGAACAUUUAUGCCCAUCAUUCAUGGUUUUGCUAGGAAAGGGGAGAUGAGGAAAGCCCUAGAUGUAUUCGAUAUGAUGCGGAUGUCUGGAUGCAUUCCGACUGUGCACACUUAUAAUGCUCUGAUUCUCGGUCUUGUUGAGAAGCGUAAGAUGGAGAAGGCUGUUGAAAUACUGGAUGAGAUGACCCUUUCCGGUGUAAGUCCAAAUGAACACACAUACACAACCAUCAUGCAUGGUUAUGCUUCUUUAGGUGAUACAGGAAAAGCAUUCGCGUACUUCACGAAACUGAGGAGUGAGGGCCUGGAGCUUGAUGUUUAUACAUAUGAAGCGUUGCUAAAAGCAUGUUGCAAAUCAGGCAGGAUGCAGAGUGCAUUGGCAGUCACCAAGGAAAUGAGUGCUCAAAAAAUACCGAGAAACACCUUCAUUUAUAACAUUUUGAUUGAUGGAUGGGCUCGACGAGGCGAUGUUUGGGAGGCAGCUGAUCUAAUGCAACAAAUGAAAAGAGAGGGGGUUCAACCUGACAUCCAUACGUACACAUCCUUCAUAAAUGCUUGCUCCAAGGCUGGAGAUAUGCAGAGAGCAACGAAAACAAUUGAAGAAAUGAGAUCUGUAGGAGUGAAGCCUAAUGUUAAAACGUAUACUACACUGAUUCACGGGUGGGCCCGUGCUUCAUUACCAGAGAAUGCAUUAUCAUGCUUUGAAGAGAUGAAGCUAUCUGGGCUCAAACCAGACAAAGCUGUUUACCAUUGUCUGAUGACGUCGUUACUUUCGAGGGCUACCGUUGCUGCAGAAGGUUCCAUUUAUCCCGGCAUUCUCUCUGUUUGCAGAGAGAUGGUUGAUUCUGGACUAACAGUGGAUAUGGGGACAGCAGUUCACUGGUCCAAAUGUUUACGCAAGAUUGAGAGAACUGGUGGAGAGAUUACUGAAGCCUUGCAGAAGACCUUCCCUCCCAAUUGGAACUCAUACGACAAUGCCCUCACGAGUUCUAGCGUAGAUGCUGAGGACGAAUCCGAUGUAAGUGACGACGACGACAUAUGUCAUGGGGGUGUAUCGAACGCCGACGAAGAUGAUGAAAACGAUGAUGAUGUAGUUGGAAGAUCAUGGUUUUGAACCAUUUAGUUUGAGGUACAUUCUGUAUAUUCAGCUGAUUUCUAUAUGGAAAGCAUCGUCCACACUGUCCCUAGGGACUUGUUUGGAACUGUGUUCAAACAAAGUUUGUUUAGGGAAAAAAGUGAAAAUGUGUUCAGACAAAUUUUCUUUGGUUAAAUUGUCGUGGUGUAUAAUAAGAUCUUGACCGGAUCCAAUAGAUUUAUAAACUUUCAA